GCACUGUGUCAUCCCAUGUGGCAGUGGGCUAGGACUGCUCUCAUUAGAGCCUUCUUUGCAAUCUGGAAUCCUAAAGCUCCAAGGAGGAGAUUGAUUCGCUUUACAAAGUUUGGAUCCUGGCGAGACUGUGCUCAUGUGGAGAAGUAUAUCAACAGCUUUGUAAGCAUGAAUCAUGAUGACUGUAAUGAAGUUUACAAAAAACUUCAUGGUCGUUUCCAGCCUGUUGCCACUUGUCUUGAAUAUGUUAUAAAGGGAACACCAGUCAUUCAGUCCAUUGAGAGUGUGUGGAAUGCUGUGACAAAACCAGCUGGUUACCAGAAAUCUCUUUAUAACCAACUGGAAAGGAUUGCCAAUAACAGACAUCCUGGCUUUGUGAAUGAAAGAAGCACUCUUGGGCUUUUCAAAACAAUUGCACUGGAGUACUUCUAUGGAGGAGUAUCUCAUCUCUUUACUGAUAAAAAUGACUUGGAAAUUGCUGAAUAUGGCCUUGGUUGCUUGGGCACAGCUUAUGAUAAUGAUGCAAUUAAUGCAGAGAGAGUUUCUGAAACUUCAAAAAAAAUCUUGGUAGCCUAUGUUAAUGAACCAAUGGUCUUUGAAACAUUAACAUUGCAUAAUUACUUUAAAAACACUUUGGAACAGGGGAUUCUGGAACUAAUGUCUAUUGUAAGAGAUGACAGUAUGAUUGGAAAGAUGUGGGAAAAAUAUAUUCCUGCUGAGUUAAUGUGUAUGUUUGAUGGAAAAAAGAUUGUCAGUCAACUACCUGUUUUUGAAGGUUUUCAAGGGCGUCCAGAAAUUCCAGACAUCUACCACCAAACUGCUACAGUCAUCCAACCUCUCAAUUACUAUCCUCUUGUCAAAGAAUCCACUGAUGACUAUAUAAACAGGAUAAUGGCACUGUUAUUGAAAUUGGUUAUGGCAUAA